AUGAUGCAGAACAGCCCCGCGCUCCACUCUCAGGGCCACAAUACCGGCACCCCCAGCGCCAACUUUGCCAUGGACAGCUUCGACUUUGGCUCGACCGACUUUUCCCUCCCUUCGGGCCUCGAAGACAUCUCGAUCUUUGCGCAGCCGGCCACGUCGCAUCCCGGCUCCGAGGGCACCUCGUCGGCGCACGCCAGCCACCACCCUAGCCCCUCGAACCUGACCCGCUCCGACAUCCUCCCCUCCUCCCACCUUCAGUCCAGCCACACAUCCUCGCCCCUCUCGCUCAACCGCAACAAUUUUGAAAAGUCGGCGAGUCCACAGUCGGCGGGCGCCAGCCUCAUGUCCCAGGCCGCCGACAACCGGCCCCGGCAGAAUUCCUCGGGCGCCGAGGCCCAGUACAGCAGCUACCUGCAGCAGCACCAGCAGCACCAGCAGCACCAGCAGCACCAGCACCAGCACCAGCAGCAGCACUCGCAGCCUCACCUUCAGCAGCAGCAGCAGCAGCACGGCGGUUCAGACCAGCAGUCGCCGUCGCAACAUCAGCAGCAGCAAGGCAUGCUGCCGCAGCUGAGCAUCGCGGAUCUCCAGAGGAUGCUCAUGGAAAAGGAGCGCUCCGAGAGGAUCCAGAACAUGCAGACCGCCCUUCUCAAGCAGCAGCUCGAACAGCUUCAGCGCAUGCAGCAGGCCCAACAAAAUCAGCAGCAGCAGCAGCCGGGCGGCGGAAGCGGCGCAGGGCAGAUCAACAUUGCUCAGAUGGGCCAGAGCGUCCUGUCCAACCUCGGCGCCGACCUUCCCCAGAACCAGCAGACGAGCUUCCUCGCCGCCCUGCAGAACGUCCUGGCCGGCAGCAACAAUCCGCAGGCCGCAGGCGCGCAAGAUCACCUCAACGCUGCGCAGCAGAACCAGUGGCGAGGAGGGGUGCCGAUGUCGGGGUCCGGCAGUUCCGACGACCCGUCUGCCCUAGCUCAGUACGGGCUCAUGACACCGCUCAACUCGGGCGCCUUCAACAAUGCCAGCUGCCCGCCCGGCCAGAACAGCUUCAUGUCGCCUCUCAAUAUGCCUGUCGGCUCGCAGGCGAUGUCGACGCAUCCCAUUAUGACACAGUACACGCCCGUCGAGUCUCCAGCGGUCACGCCGGCCAGCGUCUUUUCCAACGCCAGCACCGGCAUCGUGAUGCACGAGCUCUUUUCGCCCCUCACAUCACCGGCGCUCGGACCACAGCCGCCCUCGCUUGGCGAGAUCCUGCUGCCACCCGCACAGAUGGCUCACGCGGCCCACCAGCAGGUGCAGCAGCACCAGCCAUCCAGCGUGACGGCUUCGCCCGCCUUUAAUGCCAUCGCUGGCAACACGCCAACUGCAUCGCCGCUCGCGCUGAUCGGCAAGUCGGGCAACUCGGGCUCAAAGAUCCGAAAGAACCGGAGCACGACGGCCGAGGCGCGCGCCAACAAGGUUCGCCCGUCGCCCCUCAUCAAGCCCACGCAGAACACCAACGGCGGCAGAAAGAAGCGCGAGUCGGUCGGCAACGCUUCGGCGGCCGCCUCGCUCGCCAACGGCAGCGCCACAUCCGUGCCGAGCUCGAGGAGGACCUCGCUGUCCGAGUCGGACUCGCGCAACCACUCUCGGCAUCACUCGAUCGAGGCGGGGCAUAGCGAGGGUACUUCCUCGACGCCAUCUCCCAUUGAUCUCGGGGGCGGGAGCAUGCCGCCCCCGCCCGCUCCGACGUCCAAGCCAAUGACUCCCGGGUCAAUCAUGGGCAUCCGACCCAUGGAGAGCAAGCGGAGCAGCCUCCAGAACCUCGCACCUUCUCCUGGCAUGCGCGCCCAGACCUCGGUCAAGGGCAAGGGCAAGGCCGAUGGCGAGCAGCAGCAGCAGUACACCAACAUCGCCCCCUAUGUCGGAAGCAGCUCGCAGUCCGCGCCCAAGGUCACAUUCAACCUCGCCAACACCAGCAACGGCGGCGGGACUGGACCGCACGGCAACCUGCAGCAGAUUUUGCCCAACGGCGGACUACCCAUCCAGCCGGGCGGGUUGGCACCCGCGGACCGUGAAGCGUGGAUGUCGUACAAGUCGGCAGGCGGCCUCGAAUCGCGGCGCACCUCGCACAAGGCGGCCGAGCAGAAGCGCCGAGACAGCCUCAAGUUCUGCUUCGACGAGCUGCGCGGGCUACUACCCGCCAUCACGCUCGACGAGGAUGCGCCCGCCGGCUCGCUGCUCGGCCCCGAUGGCGCCGCCGAGGACCAGACGGUGGAGCAGUUUGAUCUCGCCGACGUCGGCGAUGCCGAGACGGCGCGCAGUGCCAACAAGGCCAUCUCGAAGGUGGCGCUGCUGAGGCACAGCAACGAGUACCUCAUCCGGCUCAGCAGGCGGCUCGGCCGGCGGGACGAAGCGCUGGCCAUCUGCCGACGCGAGAUUGCCGACCUGCGGCAGCAGCUUGGCCUUCCGCCCGCCGAGGAUCCCGUCAUGACCGGCAAGGGGACCGCGUGGGUCGCCCAAAAGGCCGCGCCCGGGCACAGCCAGAGCGCCGAUGGACCGGCCACCGACCACGGCGAUCAGAAACCGUCGGCCUGCAACAUGGACGAGGACUCGGCGGCGAUACAGCCGUCUGGCGCCGCCGGCAUGGACACCUCGCAAUAG